AUGUUGAUUACCGAAACCACUCCUUUAGUGGGUGUCCAAAAACCUUAUACAUUAAGUGAACCCCGGGACGUUGAGAAUGCAAAUAUUGUCCCCAACAAGGGACCAUUCCAUGACGUCGUUAAACCUGCAAAUCUAUACAUGAUUAUUGCAUCGUUGUGGUUAGGAACCUUCCUGUCCGCGGCAGAUACCACUAUUGUAUCUACAACGGCAAAUACCAUAGCUUCCUCAAUGAAUGGAUCUGAGAAACUCAGUUGGAUUGCCACCUCUUACCUCCUAACAAACACAAUUUUCCAACCGUUAGUUGGUAGAAUCAGUGAUGUGUUUGGACGUCGGACUGUCCUUAUAUUUGCACAAUUCUGGUUUGCAUUGGGAUGCUUAUGUUGUUCCCUCUCCCAGUCAGUCACACAAUUUGCAGUUGCUAGAGCUUUGGCUGGAAUUGGAGGCGGAGGUAUGUCUGCAUUAUCCUCCAUUAUAGCCACCGAUAUCAUUCCAUUGGGAGAAAGAGGCAUGUUUCAAGGUUAUGCUAAUCUUCUCUAUGGUCUUGGACAAUUUACAGGUCCAAUAUUAGGUUCGGCGUUUGUGGCAUACGAUGAAGAAUCUGGAUGGAGAUGGAUGUUUGCAAUCCAAGUUCCGUUUGUCGUGCUUGCCGGAAUUUUGGUCUUUGCUAAUGUUCAUGAAUACAGACAAGACCAAAUGAAGGACGUUGAUAUGAAGAAUCGAUUUGCUUUGGAAAACCUAAAAAAGAUCGAUCUACCUGGUUCCUUUCUGUUGAGCUGCACUAUAGUUUCUUUGUUGAUGAUCUUCAAUGCGCAAUCUCUGGAACAAGUCUUACUUUAUCUUGCGUUUUUGUUUAUUAGUGCUACGGCAUUUGCACUAGUUGAAAAAUAUAUAAUGACGGUCCGUAUUAUUCCACCUUCCGCAUUCCAGGGAGUUUUGCGAAUCUCAGCCUUUAUUGUCUUCUUUGCUGGUGGAUCCAUUGCUGGUAUUGGAUACAUAACCCCAUUGUAUUUGCAGAUUGUUCAUGAUUUUUCUCAAUUUCAACUAGGUAUAUUUAAUUCAAUCUCCAUCUUUGCUGCUCCUCUGGGCUCUCUGAGUGCCGGGUGGUACCUAAAGCAAGACCCCAAUGUUAGCACAGCGACCAUAAUUGAGAGGUCCAUCAAACUAUCGAUGCUCUCUUGUUUAGCUCUUUUUACGGGGUUCAGCCUAAUCUUAUUUCAAACUGUGACACUAAAACCGACAAUAUCUAGAAGCAACCUUACGUUUGGAACAUAUGCAGAAUUAUCUGUUAUUCUUCUUGGGUCUUGUAUCUCUGCUGUUGGCUACGGUGCAUUUUUGGUAGCAAUUCUUAUUCUUGUUGUUGGUAUUGUUGGUGUUAAGACACAGGCUACAGUUACAGGUAUGAAUUAUAUGUUCCGGUCAAUGGGACAAUCAUCAGGUGUUGGAAUUUCUCUUGGCCUUUACAACCUGAAUGUAGUUCGAUCCCUAGCCAAAUAUUUCCAAAAGGAUGUGGAAAAUGGCCACUCCAUUUUGAAUAAAUUAACUAGCUCAACUGCUUAUUUGAGAAAAGGUAUGCCUUCUCAAUAUUUGUCCGAUGUGCUUCUUAUUUACAAGCAGGCAAUCUACUAUUCGGUAGCAGUUGUAUUUGGAGCUGGUAGUAUUGCCUUUCUGUUCAGCUUAAUGCUCCAUUCAUUCCACAGUAACCAAGGAAAAUAG